AGAAUUACUUUCAAUUUUGACAUUAAAAUUAAAUCUUUCAUCAUUCUAUUUUCAAUGUGAUAAUAUGGAAUUUUGUGACGACUCGCUCUUUAGUUUCAUCUCAACCAUAAUGUGAUAGUUUUUAUCGGGUGACACGUUUUCUAGUUAAGUAAUUACAGAAAAAAACCUGAAACAUGAAGGAUACGAAAGAAAGGACAAUGUCUGGUAGCAGUACCAUGCUGAGUAAUGACUACACGGCUGCUUUCAGUUCUAUUAAUGAAAGACCGGUAGAUGAUAUUUCCUUAGAAUUUUUUUACAAACCACAUACGAUUACUUUGCUGGCAGUAUCUAUUGCAUCAGUAAUAUAUACAGCGUUUGUAAGAGAUGAAUCCAGCAUUCAAGACAAUAUAUGGUCAGGAAUAUGCUGUGUAGUUUUCUUUUUCCUCAUAGUAUCUGUUCUAACAUUCCCUAAUGGACCAUUCACACGACCACAUCCAGCUGUUUGGAGAAUUGUAUUUGGCGCAUCAGUACUGUACUUACUGGCACUGUUGUUUCUAUUAUUUCAAAGUUACUCUACUGUUUAUGAAAUAAUGUAUUGGAUUGAUCCAAAUCUGCGCAACUUCCACAUUGAUAUGGACAAGGAGUAUGCAGUCAAUUGCUCGGAUAUAAGUUUGACAAAAAUCUGGUCUCAUGUCGAUGUGUUUGCCUGGGGACACUUUCUGGGAUGGCUCUUUAAAGCCAUACUAUUUAGACAUGCAGGAUUGUUGUGGGCUAUUUCUAUAAUGUGGGAAAUAACUGAAAUAGCAUUUGCACAUUUGCUUCCAAAUUUCUUAGAAUGCUGGUGGGAUUCUGUUAUAUUGGAUGUUUUAGUUUGUAAUGGUCUAGGAAUAUGGUGUGGGCUCAAAAUUUGCAAAGCCUUAGAAAUGAGAGAAUACAAGUGGGUCAGUAUAAGGGAUAUAUCAUCUACUACUGGUAAAAUAAAGCGCGCAAUACUGCAAUUCACACCUGUGCAGUGGACACCCGUCCGGUGGUUAGAUCCAACAAGUACAUAUAUGCGAUUCUGCGCAUUGAGUCAAUUGGUUGUGUUUUGGCAAAUUUCUGAAUUAAAUACGUUUUUCCUGAAACACAUAUUUGAGAUGCCACCGUCGCAUCCCCUAGUCAUCGCUCGACUUUGUCUUAUAGGAGUAAUUGUAGCUCCAUCCGUAAGGCAAUAUUACACAUAUGUUACUGAUCCGAAUUGCAAGCGUGUUGGUACCCAGUGUUGGGUAUACGGAGCCAUAAUGGUGACUGAAUCUAUGCUUUGCAUUAAGAAUGGCAAAGAACUUUUUGGUCAAGCUCAAGUGUGCAAUGUAAUUGUAUGGCUAGUCAUUCAAAUUUUAGUAUCAAUUGGCUGUGUGUAUGGUGUAGUGCUCUAUCAUAGAUAUUUUGAGCCAAAUAGUGACUCAAAUACAGAAAGUCCAAAAAAAGUUGAUUGAAAAUUUUUUUCAGAGUCAAUGAUGAAGAGAAGAUUUUCUUUAGUUAAUACUGCGAUGACCAUUUUAACCACCCUUUGACAUCGAUGCAUCAAGUUCCAGAAUGCUCAGUGAAUUCUUAUUUAACAUAAGAAUACUCAUUAACUUGAGUGAUUGUUGUUAUAAUUGCCUGGCUUUCUAUGAUAGACUGUAGGUAUGUAAGUCUACUUUGGUAAAGAUGUGAUUUUACAGUGAUGUAUAUAGAUUCGUAAAGCUAAUGUAAACGGCCAAAAGAAAGUCGACUUGCUACUUCCUAUUGUUAAAGUUAUGAUUAAUCCUGUUUGUACCGCAUAUUUAACAUACUGCCCAUAAAAGGGCCAACAUAUUUAGUUCCCGCUGCCCGUAGUACCGACCCACCAUGUUAGGCAUAUGUUGAUAUUUUUUGUAUCUACUUACGUGGACAUAUUAUGUGUGUACGUUUGUGACGUGCAAUGUUUCAAAGUCACAAUAGAACUAAUGAAAGUGUCGGCAAAGCGCUUAAAUUAUGUCUAAUACAGAUGUCCAUACAAUAUCAGGCAAUCUACAAAUUUACAACAGAAAAAAGUUUAUAAAUCUAAUUCACAAAAAAGUAACGAAGUGGUUUAUUUGUUAUCAACAACACACUUAAUCACUGUAAUUUAAGAAGGUACUACCUACAUGACUUAGAUUAUUUUUUCUGAUAACUAUUGUAACUUUUCUGAUUGCUUGGUAUCGUUUGUACAUCAACUUCAGGGAUAUCUUGUAUCUAAAAUGCUAUAAUUAUGUGAAAGUUUUAGCGCAAUCGCCGAAUAGUCAAAAAUACGAAUACUUAAGUAUAAUAGAAAGUGUGUCGAAUAUGUCUAACUUAGUAAAAUAUAGAUUAUUGUGUGUUUGUGUAUUAUUCUAGGAAGUUUUGUGAGUCCUAUUGAACUAUAAGUAUUCUAAAAUGCUGUUAAUUAUAAUAGGCAUUAAUGCAGCCAAUAUUCCAGAAAUUGUGUUCUAUGUGAUAAUGUGAUAAAUUUCUUACACGACAGUGGAGAGCAAUGUGACGGAUAUCUAUAUAGGUAUAUUAUACCUAUCUAAUUUUAUACUUAAAUUACAAUCUGUAAAUUAGGUAAAAUUAUCCAUGAAUAUUUAAUAAUAAUUUCAUCCGGUCAUGUUAAUCAUGUGCAUUAGCACAGCUUGGAAUAUUUUUCUAUUGAUAGCCAAGUCCUGAAGCUGACGCCACCUGCAAUAACUACAACUAUUACAAGUGGUGUUAAUUUCAAGGACAACCGACAAAAUAUAUUUCUAAUACUUCUAAUUUAUAUGUUGUGUAUGAUUUAAAAAAUUAUACUUGGUUAACUAAUAGUAAUUCAUAAUGGAAUCCAAUUCUUUUGUUUUUCCUUUCUUCCAUGGGCUUCAUUGUAGCUCCACUGUUUUAAGUACAAAACAGUAAACAGAGACAAAAAUAAUUCGAAUUAAAAAUGUAUUGAUUUCAAAGGAGACGUAGGUAGGCUUGUUUACCAAUUUACGUUUUUAACGUCUCGUCUUAAGUAGUGAUUUCUAGGGGAUAUCCACAUAUAGUCGAAACAAUCUAAAAGGUCAACUUUGACAUUUGUCGGAUAACUAAUAAGUCAGUGUAAUAUAAUAAUUAAUUAAAUUUUUUCAGGUUUAAUUUAACAUAUGAUCUAUCUUUGUAUAAUAGUUUGGAGUUUUAAAAAAUCUGUUUGUCAUGUCAUUAUUACGUCAAUGCUCUAGGCAGUCUCACACCAUUUUAGAAUUUCCUGAGAUAAUAUUAUAUUUUCUGAUCCGAUGAUUACAAAGUCUUUAUUUUAACUUAAUAUAACUUAAGAAUAGGUAAGCGACCGAUUUUAUUUACCUUUCACUACAAGGCAGCUGUCGGAGUUAGCCUCUUAGAUUGUGACGACUAGGUAUAAUAAUUAUAUUUAAUUUUAGUGAGUGAAAAAGACCAUCCAAAUAUGUUAGUUAGAACAGUUUUAGUAAGAACCUAAUAAUAUUUUCGUCAUCUAAAGUAUCAUCAGUUUCGGCUCGAAACAGGAAUAGGAACGAGGUGGUUUUUAGUUAGUAAGAGUCUCUCUCGCCCCACCCAGGUCGGAAGAAAUCAUUGGAUAACCACUCCAAAAAAAGGCUACAACCAGGAAAAUAAGUGAUAGAAUACAUCACUGGUCACAGAUGUCAUUUUUUCCCAUUUGUCACAGUGGUGACAUCUGGACAUAAACUUAAGUUUGUGGCCCAAGUAUUCAAACAAAUAUUCAAGUGGUAUUUCAGAUGACGUAAACAUCAAAGGUUUUGCUAAACUACUGUUUAGUUAUUUAAUUUUAGCCAAAAAAUAUAUAUCCAAAUACUAUUUAAUUUCUUAGAUAUAAUGAUUUGUAGCUACGGGUACAUACUGUCACAUGUUAGCCCGAUUAGGUACAACCGACAAAUGUUGUUAUUUUGUAAUUGUAGAGAAAAAUUGACUUUCCAAAAGUUUUACGAUUAGCAACUCCGGAGCGGAUCGUCACCGCCUUGCGUUCCCUUCCCUUAGGCGUCAAACAAUCGUCCUCUUCUUUAUGUUGGUUAUCACGUAACGUAAGCGGAGGGCUUAGUACAAGUUUUUUUUUUUUAACGAAAUUAAUACUUUACCACGUUUAGGGAAGACGUUAUAAUUGGCUUGUUCCAAUAAACCAACUAUGUACUAUGUCAUCUGAUCAGAAGCACGUUGACUCGGUUACAGCUAGCGCCAGUCGAUGCCGCGCUUACCGCUCGCCGAGCGCUGGGUAGCGGCUAGGCGGUAGUUGCAUCAUUUUGAAAAUAAAAGUGUAGUAAACGGUUGUCUCUGUUCAUAAUUCAUGAGUUGGCUAUUAAUAACUUGAUGAAGAGUAGAAAAAAAAAGAAGAGAAGAAUAAAAAUAUGGGCGAGACGAAAUAUAUCCUCGUGGACGAAAGUAUGUAGGUAAGCUAGGUACGGAGAGCCAUAAACGCGAGGACAUUAAGUCGACCUCGCACCGUACAACGGCUCAUGUGCAAUGUGCAUAUCUGAAGCAAGACGAUUACGUUACGACUCCUACUAAACCGCCCGAUUUGAUACGGUGACGAUCCCUUUACGAGUUGAUAUGUGUACGACGAUCUACCUUUAUGUACCUAAGUAAGUAUAGCAUUGUCAACUUGUUCACAAGUAAAGUGACCACAAUUUCUGGUGGUACCAUAAUGAAGUACCUUCCUACAGACUUUUACUAGGUACUUACUUAUAUGGAGGUGGACGCUAGUUAGUAAAAUAAAAUUGUAAAAGGUGUCAGUUCUCCCUUAUAAUUAUGAUCAGUGAGCGUCUAGUCUGCCACUCAACUUCCGUUGUGGUCUGGAGUUACAGAACGCAAAAUUCGCCGGAAAGAAUUUGAGUUUUUAGUUUUUGUAACUUAUCAAAUUUCCGGCGAAUUUCACAUGCUGUAUUUCCUGACUGCAACGGUCGCGCCGCGACAGAUGUAAUUUUGCCAACUGCCGGAGUUCAUUCUUUAAUUACGAAUACUCUCAAAAAAUCACGGUAUAUCUCCUUCUAUUAUAUCAAAGGUAUGUAAGCACUGUACUAGGUUAACUAGGUACCUAGGUCUAGUAAUUCGAAACAUCUUUAACUGGCUUCUCGGACUUGCAAUUUUUCAUAUUACAAAACUAUGUAGAAAUGUUUACGCUUUGGCUAAACAGUAACCCCGAAGCCAGAAAGUGCAGUAGUCACCACUAGCUUUGGAACCACUGAGGAUAAAUCGGUAAAAUUAUACUACAUAUUUUGUAGGUACUUUAAGUCUGUGCAUGUAGUAUAACAUUUAUUUUCUCGAUUAUAGCUAACAUUUUUUGUCACCAGGGUGACAAAUGAGAAAAAACACAUCCCGACUAUCAGUAGAGUAUACAUAUACCAAAUUCAAUAUUUUUAGUACAUAGUAAAAAAUAAAGUUAAGCCUAUCAUGGCCUUGCUUGCGCGUUGUAUGAACUUUCCGCACAUUUAACAAUGUGUUUAUUCGAAGUAAAUUAUAACGAUUACUUACACAUUAUUUACAACUUAAAAUACCUAAAAAAAAGAAAUAAAAACUAGGUAACUUAAAACUAAAAAAUAUAAAAAUUAAAACUAAUAAAAUUAAAAAAAUAUUCUCAUUAGGCGUCGAAGCUGUGGUCGAAGUACCUACUCGUAGGUACCUCUUAUAUGUAGCAACCAUUAAUAUUUGUAUAAUUACAUCCCCACUGGUAAUAGGGAUAUUUUGUUUCAUUUGUCACCAUUGUGAUAAAAACAGUAGCUACAAUCGGGAGUCGGGAUAAUACGUCACUACUAGUAACAGUUGCGAUUAUGUUUCUUAUUUAUCCUUUGUGGUAAGGCCCUAUUCAAACAAGCGUUUUUUAACGUCAUGUUAAAAAGCGUUUAAAAAAACCUAACUACAAUUUAUUUAUUUACGUCUAAAGCCUAGUAUUAGGCUAAUAGAGACACAUCUCUACAUACCUAAUUUGUUUGACCCACCAUGUUUUUCUGCAUUGUAAAUUGUAAUACAUUAUUAGAUAGAUAUAUUACGUGUUUGUCUAAUAACUUAUAAGUUCUGUAAAUUAAAUCCAGAUGUGUUAAUAAUUGAAUAUGCAAUUUUAAUUUGAGAAACCUAAUUAUAUAUUUUCCAAACCAUUGUAUUACCUUUUUCUAAAAGUAGCUGUUGAAUUACACGUUGUUGUUAAUGACAAAACGAUUUAAUUUUAAAUUAAUACAUAGUAGGUACCUAUAACCUACAGAGGUGUCAUUUGUUAUUUUACAUUUUUGAGAUAUACCCGAUUCAGUGGCGUUGAUAGUCAAAUGAACAGCAGAGGUGUGCUGCUCUUUACGAUGAUAAUCGAUGUAGGCAAGCAAAUUGAGGCUUAAUUUAUACAAAAAAAAAAUCUAUUAGGCAAAAUAUGCGACAUGUGUCCUUUUCGAAAUUGCACAUUCAAUUAUGUUAUUCUUACAGAGAUAUAUUACUAAGUCUCUAUAUUACUGUUUCUAGGGUAUAGCUACACUAGAUCCAGCGCAUUGGUCAUCUGUUGUGUUGACUACUCAAAGAAAUGUUUCGUUACAUGUAAUAUAAUCUGUUUAUUUUUAAACUUACUGAUCUGUGGCAAAUAAAUAUUUUCUCCUUUAAA